UUUCAGCUAUCAUAUUAUUAAUAUUCCUUAUAGGUAUUAUUCUCGUACUCUCAUACUUUUAACUUUCAAGUCUCAUUAUCUUCACUCAUUAGUCAUUCGGUGGUUCGGUCCACUCGCGCUUUGCGCAAUAGUGAUUAAUAUUUUUUUUGUGUAUAUAUUGUAAAUUAUCGUAUCAUAGCGUUACCCUUUGCGUCAUCUUUACACUGUGUAAUACAUUUAAUUAACCUGUUGUAAUUUAAUACCGUAUUGGUGUAAUACCUUAAGUAAAAUCGUUCGGUUUAAUCGAACCCAAGCAUUAUAUUACCUUUGUUAAUAAACACACCUUUGUAAUCUAUUUCAAGUUCGAAGCUUUUCGUUAUACAAAGAAUACUUUCAGAUUUUAUUAUUCAUUUAUUAAUUCUAGCUGUCAGUGAGAUCAAUUGGUUUAGUAUCAUCACAGCUGUCAAAAUGGGUAUUACAAAGAGGCCUGCUAGCAAUUGCAGUGAUGAAAUACUCCCAGUCGAUAUCGAUGAAAUAGUGGAAAAUACUAUUUACUCUACUACCAACAGUGAUGCCAGUGAUGAAUCAGAUUAUGAAAUGAUUAUGCCAUCUGUCACCAUAGUUGAUUAUUCAGCUUACUACAGAAAUCUCUGCCCUGAAUUAAGGAUUUCCUACAAUGUUGAUAAUUCAGAUGCUGAUACUAAACCAGUAUCAUAUAAGAAAAAAAAUAUUUCUCAAAUGGGACGCAAGAAAGCAAAUCGUGCACAAAAUGAAAAUUUUCUUCUGGCUCUGAGCGAUGAAUAUGAAGAUGAAAUAUUUUGUAAUGACAACAAAAACGGAUUCAUUAAAGCAAUCAACAGGCUUUCGACUCAGCCUGAUUUGAAAGAAUCAUUUAUUGAAGGAAAAGACGAACUCAUACUACCCAAACGCAAUAAACGUUCUGCUGCUGAAAUGAAGGCUGAAAAAAAGUCAAAACGAAGCAAUCGCCCUGAUUUGGCAUUUAAAAAUCUGACUACAUCACAAAAAUCCCUAUUCAAACAGAAAAGUUUACCUAUUGCUGCUAUAGAUCAUCUGGAAACUGAAGUUGUCCGAUAUUUUUCACUUGUACCAAAUGGCAUUUACACAUCUCCUCCAUUGCCGAGUUAUAAUCGAAUGCUGCUACACAGUAUCGUCCGUUACUAUUCAUUGGAUGCCAUGAGUGUGAAUAGCCGUGGUCGACGUACCCAAAAAAUAGUACAAGUACGCAACAGUCGUUUUGACGAUUUCAAACCACCUCAUAUGAGCCUGUUAAAAUACAUAUCAAGUCAAAACAGCCGUUGAUAAACAACAAAUGGCCAUCAAAAU